AUGAUUCUCAGUGAAGCCAGGGAACUCGACGUCACUUUUUCUGAUCGUGACAGGGGGCUGCAGGUCCACGACUUUAGGGACGGGCAAGAUGUUGCCCUGCCCGGGGCCAAUGGGAAGGCGAGACAGCCUGCCGGCGAUAUCUGGGCGGACGGGGCAGGCGAUCCUGGCGAGAAGGAAUCUGCAGGCGCACACCAUCGGGCUGGGACCACACCAACCUGGCCCCGGCGCCCUGCAUCUGUCGACAUCCAUCCCACCACCAUUGGCCCAUCUCGUCCGCGCUGUUGUCCGUGCUCACCGGUUCCUGUCUGUCUCGCCCUCUACCCACCCUUCCCGCCUCGUGCGUCGCUCCGCUGCGGGCUCAUGGGCUUGUCACAAUCAGCUCGUGGCCUGCUCGCAGCUGGCACUCGAGCUAGCCGACCCUCGGCUUUGUUGCCCUCUCGCGCAUUCCAACCAUGCACCCGUGUCAACGGCUCCCGAGGCUCGCUUAUCGCCAUCCCAGGCGCCCUCGUCUCCUGCAUGCACGCUGCUGUCAUGGCCCUCGAUGUCCCAGCCCAGCCAACCAGCCAGAUCCAGGGAAGGGGAAGCACAGCUGGAGCGCAGCUAUGGGAGCAAACAGGCCAGUUCUUGUCUCGCCGGGAGCAGCAGCACCACCACCACGGCCACAGCCCACUUCCCCCUUUGGUGGGCAGUGAGCUCCAUAUGGCGCGGCCGAGUAGAGUUUAA